CAGCAGCACCAUACGGUUCUCUACUAUCUUCUUGUAGAGAUAAUUCUAUGGUUCAGUACCGCCGCUUAGUCCACACGCAAAACAUGGCGGAUUGCAAGGAGAAUACCGACGAGAAAAAUUGUCCUCGGCCACCGAUUAUCAUGAAGUUGGAUGCCCCGGAAGAGUCGAGCGAAAACUCGGCCAAUGAGGAAGGAGAUGGACAAUCUGGAGGACCUGACUCACCAAAUUCAAGUUCUACAAGCAAAGGUCCUAUACUAGCUGCAUCCAAGUUUGGAAACUCAUUUGGAGUUAGUGAAUUCUCAAAUUCUAGUAAACCAAAACCAGCGUUGUUAAGGCCGUCACAGUUGAGUGCAGUGACGAAUAACCCUGGGCCAUCUACCAAGAAUCCGUUACAGCCAGCAAAGUUCCACAACCCGUUUAUAAAAGUAACGGAUAAUAUUGAACUCGAGAGUGAUAGCAGUGUUACAAAGAACACAGAUAAAAAUGAAACUGUAAACAAUGACUCUAGAAGUAAAGAAGAUACGAAGCCAAAGUUUUUACCCCUCGGCGUGAAUACUAAAGAUAAUGAAAAUGGUAUAAAUAACACUGUCGCUCCGAGUGCCUCGACACCAAGUUUUAUUUUCGGACAAAAUUUGAAGGAACGAGUUGCCGUUGGAAAUGACACUGAAGUUUCUGACAGCUCUGAAGAGCAUGAAACUAAAGACGAAGAGAGCAAUGAAAAUGGAUCCUCGGAAAUGUUGUUUUCUAGCGCAGCUACAGUCUGCAGAAGUACUAGCCGGCCUGGUUUAACACUUUCUCAAGCUGCGCAAGAACUCGAAGAGGCCAGCAGAGCUAACAAACGUAAAUACAGCCAGGUAACACUUCUUACUGGCGAAGAGGAUGAAACUAAUGUAUUACAAAUCAACUGCAAGCUAUUUGCUUUUGACAAGGGCACCAGUGGGUGGCAGGAAAGAGGGCGAGGAAGUCUGCGAUUGAACGACAGGGACGAAGAGUCAAGACUAGUAGGGAGAGCAGCCGGGACUCAGAGGCUGGUCCUAAAUACAAAAGUUUGGCCCGGAAUGACUGCAGAAAGAGCUGGACCCAAAUCUUUGAGGCUUACAGCGAUGGAUGUGCAUGGGGACAUCAGAAUCUUUGUCGUUCAGGCAGCCCCCAAAGAAGUUGAUCAGCUCCAUAGUCUUUUAAUGCAGCGAUUACGUCGAGCUCAGGAUCGUCAGCCCAAGAAGUUAGCAACCGAACACUGACCUCACAGUAAUAUUGAUCCCUAGUGGAGCUCACCCUUGACUCGACUCAAUCAAUAUAAGAUUUUCGAGUGAAAUGUCACGUUUGUAAACUAUAAUUGUUUUCGUGAUGUAAGGACCGACUUUUAGCAUGCUGAUAGCUGCUACAUAAUUUAUGCAUCGAUCUAUCUACUAAAGUUGCUAGCUUUCGUGUAUACCUCCCAAUAUUUUCUGAGUACGAGGAAUUCCGACACCAA